CGUAGCGCCCCGUUUCGGUCUUUGAGCAAGGUGCCGAUGAGAGCGACACAUACAAGGACUAGACCAGACAAGACGAGACAGGAAAAGCAAAGAAACUAGCGAAGCGAUGGAGGAGGAGAUGCAGCAGGCUGAGGAAGGAUCCUGUGUUCCCAAAAUCUACAAGCAAAGGAGCCCUUACAGCGCCCUCAAGACUUUCCCCUGCAAGCGGACAACAGGCAAGAGGUAUGACAGACCAACCAUGGUGGAUAUCCCGCAGCUGGGAGCCGGAGGAGGUGGGCAUCAUCAUCAAAACCAGCAUCAACAACAACACCUUCAGCAGCCCUCCAUCAUUAGCAGCACAGAACAUCAACAGCAGCAUUGCACGUACGACAACGGGCCCAGCACUAGAGUGGCAACAUCCACAUCAUCAUCAUCAGCAGCAGCAGCAGCAGCAGAGACAGUGAGCAGUCCGCGCAGGGUCGGCGCCCCAGCGAGGCAUCUCAGCUCCAGGUACACUGCCGCACUUGGACAAGACAAUGUGGAUUGCACCCAGAUCCUCAGCGCAGAAAACCGCAUGAUCCUGGAUGCCUUUGCCCAGCAGUGCAGUCGGGUUCUGAGCCUCCUCAACAAUAGCGGAAAGUUUCUGGAUCCCAAACCAGCACAUUCAGCAAUGUCUCACAUCAAACUAGAGGAAGGCUGCUAUACAGAAAGGUUAGGACAUUGUCAGCUGGGCAAGGGUGUCUCUGGUGAUCAAGAGACUCCUGAAAGACUCGACAUAGAUCUGCAAUAUGCCCAGAAGAAGCAACAAACCUCUGCAUUUCUGCGUGUCUUCACUGAGUCCCUUCAGAGCUACUUGAUUGCUGGCAGUCGACCUUCUCUGAGAACUGCUGGGGAAUACUGUCAUUCCAAUGACAUGGACCCUCUCUCCACCUCCCCAUCUCAUACUCUAGGUGGGGGUUGGACAUCACCCACACCCUCUGAGUCCCACGGGCACCCAUCAUCCACACUUCCUGAAGAGGAAGAGGAGGAGGAGGGAUGCUGCCCAAGGUGUUUGGAAUUGGAACAAGAGGUGCUCUCUCUCCAGCAGGAAAAUGAGGAGCUGCGUAGAAAACUGGACAGCAUUCCCGUGCCCUGCCAGAAUGUCUUAGACUAUUUCAAAAGAAUUCUGCAACAUCAUAACCAGUUUAUACAGCCUGCACCAGAGGAGCAGCUGACAGAGGGUAGUAAGCAGCUGCUUGGCAACUAUCCCGUUUACAUUACCAAUAAGCAAUGGGAUGAGGCUGUGAAUUCCUCCAAGAAAGAUGGCCGACGACUCCUGCGGUACCUCAUUCGCUUUGUGUUCACCACAGAUGAACUGAAGUACUCCUGUGGGCUAGGAAAGAGGAAGAGAUCCGUUCAGAUAGGGGAAACAGGCCCUGAGAGACGCCCUCUUAACCCUGUUAAAGUUACUUGCCUCAGAGAGUUCAUUCGAAUGCACUGUGCUUCAAACCCAGACUGGUGGAUGCCAUCUGAAGAGCAAAUCAACAAAGUAUUCAGUGACGCAGUGGGUCAUGCUCGGCAGGGUCGCGCAGUAGGGACCUUCCUGAGCAGUAGUGGCAGUAGCAGUGGAGGCAGUAACAGCACAUAUUUCGAGUGCUUUGAGAGUCAACUGUCCCAAGAUGAAAUCUUACUCAAGGGAUCCCAGGAUGGGGAGUAAAAAAAUCACAUAGCCUUCUGUGGGGAAAAUUUUUUAAACUUUGAGGUUCAAGAAUGGAGGUUACUUCUUUCAAGAAAGGGUCACAUAAACAAUUUGGGCACUUCACAUUUUUACCCUGUGAAACCUCUUAUAAUCCUCCUCAGAGAUUGGUGAAGUUUUUUUUAUUUGAUUUGAUUUUGGCAUUGUAGGUAUUCUUAUAAAAGGCAAAUGCAAGUUUAUUAAUUCUUGAAUUAAUUCAUUUAUUCUGUUGUUUCACCCCCCUCAAUAGGAAAUCUAUGUUGUUGGUAUAUUUAAUAGCUAUUUAAUAUCUAUUUUAUAACCUUAUGGCUUAUCACUUAUGUUAAUGCCCAGCACUAUACACAGAUCCAUUACUUUUAACAUUGUCUGUCUCUUAAAUGUUCUAAAGUGAAGACAACAAAUUGAUAAACAAUACAAAGCUAAUUUACAAUAUUUAUGACUUUAGGAGAAGAAAAAACAAAACAAGAUGAGUGUAAUUGUUUAAAUUUCUUCUUAAUGCUUUCUCAUUCUGACAGUAAAAGCUAAUUAGUUUGUAAUGUGUUUCUUUCUUAUGAUAAAUUUGAAAGGUUCUACAUAUGUCUAUUAGACAAUAAAAACAGCUUUAUGUGGCUCUGAUAUCAUUAAAAGCUUGGGUUGGCUCAUAUCUUUUAUAUCAGGUUUUUGAUUUACUAAGGGUUAAAUGUUUUAAAAUGUAUAAGAUAUAGGUUGGAGCAAUACUGCUAAACCUGUGUUACAGUAUAAAGACAACCUUUUACAUUUUUUACAUUCAUAUUUAAAGCAAGUGUCCCACAAAAUAAAUGCAAACCCUUAAAGGCUGUCUACUUAUUUAGCCUAAGUGACUGUUCCAAUAUGGGUGUCUUACUAUUGUAGCACUAUACAUUGCUGUUUGUGGUCAAUUUUAUGAAUGAUAUACAGUACAGUUCAUUAAAUUUUUCACAUGUUAAAAUGGACCAAAUAUCUGACAGUUCUGUAUUAUUUUUUAAUCAUUAUGAUAGGGUUUCAUUUAGACUGUAUGUCUUGAACUAACACAUGGUAUACUGUAUAAAUAUAUUGACUUUAAUAGUUUAAUAACAUCAGUGAUAUAUUUCUCUUCACUUGUCAGGGAGACCAAUAACCUUUUCCAUUUCAGUACCUUAUUUUUUAUUUAGCUUCUGUGUCCUUAGAGCCAAUGUCCAAUGGGAUUAAAUAUUUCACUGUCACCUACAAACUCUAAUAGGCAACGAAAUGAAAAAGCACUUUAUGUUACAAAAAUGUCUGGAGCUCGUAUACCUGUGACUAUAAUGUAACCUAAUAAUUCACUCAAAAUAGUAAUGUUAGGUUUCUAUCACCUUUGAGGAAAGGUUUUCAUGGACCAUCAGCAGAUAAAAUACAUUCUAAUAUUACUGCAGGAGAGUACUUAGUUCAGAAAAAAAGUAAAAAAAGUAUUUUAUGCAGAGUUACUUAGUGUGCCGAGAUGUAUUUAUAGUCAGAUUUCAUCUUAAGUAAACUUUUAAAUAUAGUGUAUAAUUUUAUAGACCCGAUUUAAAUAGAUGUGUCUUACCAGGGUUAAAUGCCUGCCAUCUCAGUGCUUCAGUCUUCAGUGCUCUAGAACAUAAAGUGACUGUUUGGUUGGAGAUUUUUAUAAAAGAAGGAAGGAAGGAAGGAUCUGAAGGUGAAGUAUAAAAAUGAAACUGCAGGAUGAACUUAAAUAUAUCUUGUUCUUAUGUACAGACUUAAAAAUUGAAUUUGACCUCUGAAUUGUGACAGUAAUCUUUACAAUAAACAUGUCUUCUAAUGAGGUGCCUUGUGGAUUAUCUAUCUUCUCACUAGCUCUGAAUUUUUCAAGUGUAAAACUAGUCAACAAUCUGCAUUGGAACAAGCACUUGCUACCAAGUCCUCCUGUAAAGUAUGUGGAGACUUCAAAAAUAGUAUUUACCUUAUUACAAUGUAGCACUUACUGAAAACACAGUUUGUUUGUGUUGAAAGCCAAUAUUUCAAUUUUGUAGUGUGGUGUGGAAAUAUCUACAGUAUACAAGUUCUUAACACUUAACACUUCUUAUGACUAAGGAUGGUGAAAUGUUCCUGAUUUGUUAAAAUAAAAGAUCGAAUAGGUUCAAAGUGUUCAUAAAGUGAUGGUGCACUCAUUGAAACCAAAAAAACAAAUUUUGUAGCAAUUUGUAUUUAUAUGUACAUGAUAUGAAAAUCAUUUGAGUUAUCAGAAUUUGUUUUUAUAAUUGUAUUUUUAACUUGGGAAUCAACUUUCUUCAACUCAGUCAAGUAUUUUAAAAAAGACUUGUGCUUACAAGCCAUUGUUUGUAAUUAUUCAUUUUGCAUUUGACUUUUUCAUUUGACUUUAGAAACAUUCACAUUUCCUUUAGAAACAAAAUACGUUUUUUGGUUGGGUGUGUUCAAUUCAAAACAUACAAAAUGAGGAGUAUAAUAUGAAGUACACUCCUUAUUUUAUAAAUAACCUGAAAAAAACUUUAUCUCAAUUUGAAAAAAUAUAUUAAAUGCCAUGGAAUAUGAUGUGUAAAGGUGGGUUGAGCUUUGUAUACCUUCCCUUUAUUGUCAAUUACUUUAUGAACACUGACCUAGAUAAAAUGAAAUAACUCAGUGGCUUUUAUACAAAUCCAAGAACUAUACACUAUACAAAGAUAUUUGCAUUUACAGUACUUCAGUAAAAGGGAUUUAUGUUUACCAUUUUGAAUACAGAAAAAAAUAUUGUUGUUAUUUCUUUUUCAUAUAAACUCCUGUCAGUUCCUGAUGAUAUAAUGCAACAUUUUUAGGUAUGAACAAGUUAAAGUGUCUUCUUGUGCACAGUGCAUAGUAGCAUUCCAGAGGUAAAUGAAAACAGUUGUAAUGUCUGUGAAAUGUCUUGUGAUUGUAAAAUGCUUGAUGCAAUCCAGCUCACCCACCAUACUAUUUGUAACAUUUAGUAUAUCUCAAAACAUUCCUUAUUCCUUUGCUAACAAAGGUCCUUAAAAUCUACAAUUUUUGUGAAGUGCCUUCCCUUGGAAAAUAUUUAGAAAAUAAAAAAGACUAGGUUUCUUCCAAAAUAUGUUGAAGAUGCAUCUGUAGUUUACAGUUUACAGAAAAUACAGAGUCCCAUAGGAACAGGUUUGAGAAUUACAGAAUGACUGUUGUGAAGAUGUACUGAAAAAUGUCAAAAUUAAAUUUUCUAUUCUUAAGUGACUGUUUAUAUAAACACUGUGAAGCACAUAGUCAUAUCUAUUUUUAAGACAUUUAGAUUUGUCAUUUUGUUGUUGAUUGUAAUGUUCAUUACAAAAACCUAACUUUUGCUUCAUUGAAAAUGAUCCCUAAAUUUCUUUAGUAGUCCAAGGAGGUAGCUGUGUCAGCAUGUGUAGGCUGCAAAGGAAAAAGUAACUGGAAAAGAAAAGAAAAGAAAAG